AUGCCUCUCCGCGUCCUCCUCACCGGCGCAAACGGCUUCAUAGCCCAACACAUUCUCGCCCAAUUCCUCGAAGCAGGCCACUCCGUCCGCGCCGUCGUCCGCUCCCAGUCCUCUGUCGACCAGCUCCGCAAGACCUUCGCCUCCUACCCCUCCACGCAGCUCGACUUCGCUCUGGUGCCCGACAUCGCCGCCCCGGGCGCCUUUGAUACCGUCCUCGUCUCCGACCAUGCGCCCUUUGAUGUCGUCCUCCACACGGCCUCGCCCUUCAACUUCCGCAAGGGCAACUCCAACGCCGACUUCCUCGACCCGGCCGUCAAGGGCACGACCGAGAUCUUACACGGCGUAGUGCGCAAGACGCCGACCGUGAAGAGGGUCAUCGUCACAAGCUCCAUGGCGGCUGUAAUCGACAUCACCAAACCCCCCAUCUCCGACCCGGUCAAGAUUUACAGCGAGAAGGAUUGGCUCGGCGUAUCGAGGGAGGACGCAGAGGCAUCGACGCACCCGGCGAUACCCUAUGUCGCCAGCAAGAAAUUCGCAGAAAAAGCAGCGUGGGCCUUCCUCUCCUCCGACGCCGAACCAGAACCCUCCUUCGACCUCGUCACAAUCUGCCCGCCCAUCGUCUACGGACCCCUCUAUGACGUCUCGGCGACGAGCGCCCCGCAGAACCUCAACGAGAGCAACCACAUGCUCUACCAGAGCCUCUGCGGGCCGUCUCUCACCUCGGACGCGCCGGUCCCGCCCGAGAUGCUGCACCUGUACGUCGACGUGCGGGACGUGGCGCGCGCGCACUUGUUGUCGGCGACGACGCCUGAGGCGGGCGGCAAGAGGUUCCUCCAACUGGUGAAUAUCCUGAGAGAGAAGCUGCCGCAGUGGGAGGGGCGGAUACCAAAGGGGGACCCGGCCAAGGCGGCGCUGGCGGAGGGCAUAUUUGGGGUUGAUGCGUCGUUGGCGGAGAAGGUUCUUCGGUUGGAGUAUAGGACGUUGGAGGAUACCAUUGGGGAUCUUGCGGUGCAAUUUGUCGAGCUUGAGAAUCGGGCAAAGGCUGCUUGA